AGCAGCCGGCGCGGCGGCUCCGGCAGGUGGCACUGGCCGCCGCCCCCGGCCGCCUCUGCCGCCGCGCUCAGUCCGCCAGCGCCGAUGCUGCUGAGCGGAGCGGCGGCCGGGUCGGAGCGUGGCGGCGGCGGGGCGGGGGCCGGCGGGGCUCCGCAGUGCGUGGGCACCAUGGCCCGCUGGCUCCGCGAGCACCUGGGCUUCCGCAGCGCCAAGCCCGCGCCCCCCGCGCCGCCCAAGCCCGACUACCGCGCCGGGCCGCCGCCGCAGCCGCCCCCGCCGCCCGGGGGCGCGGCCGAGCCGCUGGCCGCCGCCCAGCCCGACAUCGUGGCGGCUUACCGGCUGCAGAAGGAGCGUGACUUCGAGGACCCCUACAGCGGGCCGCCGCCGCCGCCCGCCGCCCCCGACGGGCCGCGCUACGUCUCGCCCAAGCACCGGCUCAUCAAGGUGGAGGCGGUCGAGAAGGCGCCCGCCAGUGCCCCCCAGCCACCGCCGCUGGCACCCGCCGCCCCCAGCUCGCCCCCGGCCGGCCCCGAGACGCCCGAGGAGCCGCCGCAGGAGCUGACUGUCCUGGAGGACUACGCUGAUCCCUUUGAUGCGGCGCAGGUGACUGGUAGCCAGGCAGGGCUGGAGAAGGUGACAGAGAAUGAUGGAUACAUGGAGCCCUAUGAAGCCCAGAAGAUGAUGGCUGAAAUCCGCCAGAAAGGCCUACGGGAGGCUCCUGGCCAGCCACUGCACCUCUACGACACUCCUUAUGAGCCCAUGCUUGGAGGGCUGAAUGUGGAUGGUGAUCUCCUGGCUUGCCCCAGGCCCAGGGAGUCCCGGCUGCCUGAGGACGAUGAGCGGCCACCAGAGGAGUAUGACCAGCCUUGGGAGUGGAAGAAGGAGCGGAUCUCCAAAGCCUUUGCAGUUGAAAUCAAGGUCAUUAAAGACCUGCCAUGGCCACCACCAGUGGGACAGCUGGACAGCAGUGAAAGCCCCCCGGAGGGUGAGGCUGGUGCCUCAGUUCCUGCGCAGCAUGGCCAGCCCAGCUACGAAGACACCAACGGUCCAUCAGAAGGGCUGGGGUACGGCUGCACCUCGCCCUCCAGGGAGGAGAAGGCCAGGGCUGUCCUCAGGCAGGGCUCCUGCAGCCUCAAGAGCACAAAGACGCUGAUUGCUGAGCCUGUCCCCUUUGUUGGGGAGAGGAUUGACCCUGCCCUGCCCCUGGAGAGCCAGUGCUGGUACCACGGGGCCAUCAGCCGGACGGACGCGGAGACGCUGCUGCGGCUGUGCAAGGAAGCCAGCUACUUGGUGCGCAACAGCGAGACCAGCAAGAAUGACUUCUCCCUCUCCUUGAAGAGCAGUCAGGGCUUCAUGCACAUGAAACUGUCCCGGACCCAGGAGAACAAGUACGUGUUGGGUCAGCACAGCCCACCCUUCAACAGCGUGCCGGAGAUCAUCCAUCACUACGCCAGCCGCAAGCUGCCCAUCAAGGGUGCUGAGCACAUGUCCCUGCUGUACCCGGUGGCAAUCCGCACCCUAUAGUCCCCACAUCCACCAGCUGGGCUCGAGGCCAGGUGCCCCUGACGCUGGGCUGCAAAGUGUCUGCAGGGCCCAGCGCCGCCGUGCCGGGGUGGGCUCCAGUGGGGAUUGCUGCAGCUGGACUCCUCAUCCCGGUCUCUUGGGGGGUCCCAGUUUGCCUGCUGGGACGGCACCAGGGGGGCCCCCACGCAAGGAGCUGAGUGGGGCUGGCUAGCUGCCCACUGCCCUUGCCUGCCUCUGGGCAGAGCUUAGGACACAAGGACUGGAGCUAGGGCCUGGGAGAGGCCUGGGGUUGGCCAUGUGUGGGUACAGGGCGAGAAACCACCUGUUAAGGUGCCUCCAUGAGGGCACCUGGUUCUGCCCACAGGAAGUGAAAUGUCUGUGCCCACAGGCAAGGAGACUGGCAGAGGCAAGCACAGGCCUGCCCAGGGCUAGCGAGGCACAGGGGACCAGGCCAGGUGGUGGUCCCCACCAGCAUGGGUGCUCUGUGCUCGCUGCUAUCCUUUGCCAAAUGUAAAUAGGGAUUGGUCUCGGCCGUGUGUGCAGCACCAGCCUAAUAAAGUGGUGCAUGGUUACCUCCUGUUCCAUGGGGACUGCACGCUUGCAUCACACCACCUCAAGUGGAAGAUCGUUGUGGCAAAGUGGCAAGGAGGAGGAUUUUAUUAUACAAAAGCUCUAAAAAAAUUGGGUUUUCCUUCACUGUUGCAUACACUGAGACCCAUGUGCCUGAGAGGUCCAGCCAGCUCCCUCGUCUGAGACACAGGGGAGAUGCUGGGGGUCGCAUCCUCAUUAUGUCUUUGGGACCCUUCACAGACAAUGAUGAGCUAAUUUUGGACUUGCUUGCUGUUCCCUGUAGAAGGGGAUGCUCUUUGGGGUCUUUUGCCUCCUUGUUUUCCUUCACCCCUUGUAAGUCUUGGGUAGAAUCCCUGAAUUUCACAGAUCUGUUUUCCUCCUCUGGGUAUUUAGUGGCUCCAGUCCUGUUCUUUGUCUUCUUGACACUGUGUCCUUGAGCCAGCUUGCUCCUUCUCUCCAUUUUGGCUGAAGCUACAUCUGGUGCUCUGGAGCAUUUAAUUCAUACCUUGCCUUUUAACCUUGCUCCUGGUGUUGCUUGCUACUCUACCCACACGUGUAUGUUUCCUCCAUGUAGGCUUCCAACUAAGCUCAGUCUCACUGUUUCUUCCCUGCAGCGACUUCCCUUUCCCUUCCUCUCCUGCUGGUCGUGCUGUGCUUGGCAGAGAGGAUUGUGGUGGCAAAUUUGCUGCUGGACCACCAAACCUUUUGCAUCAGUGGACCAAAGUGCUCGAGAUGUUGGUGGGAUGUGUUCAGAGGUGGCUUGAUGAAGGCUUUGUGAAAAAGCAUUAUCCUCCCCACCACCUGCUCCCAGGAAGGAGCUGAUCCUGCAGGUUUGCUAGAGGGAGGGAUGGAGAUGAUUGAUGGCACUGUGGGGACCUUGGGGGUGUGAGUGCCACAGCCAGGGCAGGAACCCUGCUCCACCAUCUGGGGCUCUGGGGUUUUCCAGAGUCAGUCUGUAGCUAGGGGAUCACUGUCCUGGCUGCCCAUCAUGGCUUUGAGCUGCUGUGGGGACCACUUUGUGGAACUGAAUGCAUGCCACAGUUGGGAGCCUGCAGAAACUGUGAUGCUUUGUUCCAGGAUGCCUCAGCUUCUGCUGCUCCUUGAAAGGCAUCAGUUGGAGCACAUUGGGUGUCUCCUUAGAGCCCUGCUUGGCUGCUGGCAGAUCCCAGCUGCCUCUCUCCAUCCCAUGGAGGCACUUUGGCAGGGAUGGAGGCAAUUCUACUGGAGGGUUUUUAUCCCAGCAGUGCCACACCAGAACCUGCAGGAAGGGCUGGAGAUGCAGAAAUCUGCAGAGAUGCUCUUGGAUGCCGUUGCUGCAUUGAAAAGGUUUCAAGGGCCCUUAGCAGCUUUGCUGUGCUAUAACGGCUCCAGAACUCAUCCCUGAGGGAUACUCUGCCUUUUCUGUGGUUGCUGCUGGGAAAGUAGAGGUUUCAUGGGUCCCUGCAGCCAGAGAGCAGAAGCACAGGAGAGCCUCCUCGUGUAUUGUGUUGCGUUUUUUUCCCCUCAAUAAACUGGCAGGGAGCAAACUGGCAGCUUGUGCUGGCUGUGGCAGUGAGCUCACAGCCUUAGGGUGAAAUUGCUGCCCAAGCUGCCUGGCUCCUUUUCAGGGUUGUCCCUGCUGAGUACUAAGGACUGUGAGACCUGUGUGCAUCCCACCAGCUCCCCAGAAAUGGUUUUGGACCAGCAGGACUGUUCUGGAGCUGGGCUUUGUGUCCACAUGCAGCUCUUAGUCCUCCCUGUGGCAAUUACAUCCCUACUCAGCCCUCUCUUCUCCAGGAUGAAGAAGCCCAACUGCUCAAGCAUGUCCUUGUACAUGUUUUCUGGCCCUGACCAUCUUAGUGACCUCUGCCGGACUCUCUCCAUGGACUUGAGGUCCAAAACUGGACACUGUUUCGAGAUGUGGCCUCACCAGUGCCAAAUAAAGGGAAAUAAUCCACUUCCUUUGACCUGCUGACUUCACUCAUAUAUUAACUGGGGUUGGAAGGGACCUCAGGAGGUCUCUGGACCACCCUCCUGCUCCAGGCACUGUUAGCAUUGACCAGAGUCAAGAAGGGCCUUUCUUUUGGAGGGAAGCAAAAAUGCCUUAAGCCCAGCUUGGGUUUUUUUUAACCCUCUUCAUAGCAUUUCCAGAAGGGACUGGACGUCAGGGAUGAAGAAGGCUGAAAAUUCACUGCAGUCUGAGGACAAUGCCACCAGCCCAAUGGAGCUUCCAGCUCAAUGUGAACCCUUUUGUGUUGGAGGAGGUCCAACAGGAAAGAUGUAAGAACAGGGUGUAGGAUACAGAGCCAUAGUGAAGAGCCAGCCCACAGUUUAACAUUGGGUCAGGAUGGACAGGAAAUGGUGCAGAUCCAAGCAGGUCCAGGGUCCUGUUUGGAUCUGGGGAGGUCUCAUUUUGGGGUUCCCUCAGAAAGUAUGUGACUCUGGGUCUGACUGGUGCAUUUUAUCCUCUGUGAUGGAAGCUGAUCAGGAGCUCCCCAGAAAAGUGGAACUGAAUCUCUCUUGCAAGGGUAUUUUUGUGCUGCCUUGUGCUGUUCCAUGACUGAAAUGAGUGUUGUUUGGAAAUAAGAGAGGUGGGGCAGCCAUGUGACAGGGCUUGGGAGGUAACAGCAGAUCCCCAUUCACAAGGAUGCAAAUCCCCAAGACUGACAAGAGCUUGAGCAACAUGGUGGUUUGAGGUUAACCCCAUUGAGAGCAUGAAGGCUGACCAAAGACUUUGUCUGUAGCAAUUCCCAAUCCACUUGGGUGAGCUGGAGCAGCCCCUGUGCCGCUCUGCCUGGUUGGGGGCCAGCUUGGGGCGGUACUUACUCCUGCACAGGCCUUCAGUGACCAAAAGAUGUAGUCUUGCAGGAGGAAGGCAACCAAGAGGGGUGAAAGGCUGAUUCAGGGCAGAAUUUAAUAUAAUCACAGAGUGGUUUGUGAUGGAAGGGACCUUAAAGAUCAUCUGGUCCCAACCACUCUGCAUAGGCAGGGACACCUCCCACUAGACCAAGUUGCUCCAAGCCCCAUCCAGUUUGGCCUUGAACACUUCCAGGGAUGGGACUUCCACAGCUUCCCUGGGCAACCUGUUCCCAUGUCUCACCACACUCACAAGUAAUAAUUUCUUCCUGGUAUCUAACCUAAAUCUUCCCUCUUUCAGCUUAAAGCCAUUACCUCUCAUCCUGUCACCCCAUGCCCUUCUAAAAAGUCCCUCCCCAGCUUUCCUGGAGCCCCUCCAGGCACUGGAAGGUGCUCUAAGGUCUUCCUGGAGCCUUCUCUUCUCCAGGCUGAACAGCCCCAACUCUCUUACCCUGUCUCCAGAGUAGAGCUGCUCCAGCCCUUGGAUCAUCUCCAUGGCCUCCUCUGGACUCACUCCAACAACUCCAUGUCCUGGUGUUGGGGACUCCAGAGCUGGACCCAGCACUGUAGGAGGGGUCUCAUGAGAGCAGAGUUAGAGGCAGAGAAUCACCUCCCUUGACCUUUUGGCCACACUGGUGGUGAUGCAGCCCGGGACAUGGUUGACUUUCUGGGCUGCAACCACAGGUUGCCAGUCCAUGAUGAGCUUCUCAUCAACCAACACACCCAAGUCCUUCUCCUCAAAACUGCUGUCCAUCCAUUCUUUGCCCAGCCUGUAUUUGAGCUUGCCCUCCUUGGAAGCUGUGAUGUGUUUGCUGAAAUUGUUACAGUCCCUAAUGUCUGCAUGUGCUGGAAAUUAAGCACUUGGGUGAGCCUUAAGCCCAACAUCAGCCUCAUCACCUCCUCACAGCACAAGCUCCUGAAGCUCCAUAGGCUGUAAGUCACUGAUCAUUGUGGGACUGGGUAAAACCCUCAGGUGCGUGCACUGUGGGUCCAUCAUCCAUGUCACUUCCCUGCCCCUCUGGCCUAGAGAAGUUUCCUUAAGCCUGAGCCUAGUGAUUCAUUUAAAACCCCAGCCCUAGCAGUGAUGCCCAAGUUGUUGGAACAUCACGGAACACAGUGCACUGUAUUCUGUCUUCACAGCAAUCUGCAGAAGGCUCAAAUAACCCAACAACUCAACUGCCAAACUUUAUAGCAAAGGAGAGAAACUUGUUCCCGAUACCUGCUGGCUGCCA